GAUAUUUGGAGACAAUAGGAAUUUCAAUUUGGACGAGAUUGUAAAAGAGAUAACUUACUUCAAAGGAACUUCAUAUUAUAUUAAUGAAUUUUGUAUGACUGGACAAUAUAAUUGCCCCAAAAAUAAUUUCAGUAAAAUAGCAAUUUCUGCUAGAAGUACUUGUGAUGAAGUAUUUUUAAAUUGCACUUGGAACAAUGUUCGUGACUUUGACUGUUGCAAGCAUUUUAUUCUAACUGAAACUGAACUAGGAAUUUGUUACACACUUACAAUGGAAAACGAAUCGCCGAAUUCUGAUGAUUUUAUUGACAUGUAUUCUAACCGAAAGACAGGUCCAAGCAAUUUACGUAUAACAUUAUCAUCGCCAAUUAGUUUAAUAAAACAUAAUAGUCAUGUUACAAUAUAUUUACACAAGUUUAGAUGCAGAUUUCCAUUGGAGAAUUACUUAUAUGUCAGUUCGAAAUAUAGUUAUAGUUCUUGUAUUGUAAACUGCCGCCGUCAAAAGCAACUAGAGAUGUGUAAUUGUACUUCUCAUUUAAUGCCUAACAGCAAAUUAAAUGAACAAUGUGAUAUAAAUGGAAUUAUAUGUUUGAAUACACAUUAUGCUGAAUUAUCGGUGUUAAAAAAGAAGAAAAGUAAACGACCAGGUUUAGAAUGUCAAUGUGUACCUUCAUGUAUUGAAGCUGAAAUAAAUGUCAUAACAGUUGAAUCAUUUAUGUAUGUUAAUCAAUUAAGUAUUUCCUGAACAAAAUGUAAAUUAUUAUUUUUUUUUAGAACUAAUGAAAACGAAUCAAUUAUACAAUUAAUGAUGGAUAGAUUACCAGCAGAGCGUCUUAAACGGAAUGUUGUUAGAGGAAGAUUAGAUGUAUUAGGUAAGAUUUUUUAAAAAAGCAUAGUUAAAUCAAAUAUAUAAAGUUAAUAUAUGACACAUUAAUAUGAAGCAUGAUUAGCACUUGGAAGGACAAUGAGAAAAUUUGACAUAUAAAUGUAUUUUACUAUUUAU